UCUCUCAACCUGGGGCAGGAAGCUCUUCACUCAUCCCCUACAACUUAAAUGCUGCGCCAGGUUAAGGUGCUUGUGAUUUGGUGAUGAGUUACCAGAAGGGCAGCAGGGCUCACUUUAGGCCUCAGGCACCAGAUCACAUCACCUUCAAAACUCGCAAGUUUGAUAGUGUUCAGAGCAAGAAAAUUAAUUCACGACUCCAUGAUAGAGAAUGUCAGCACUGCAAAGUUCUUGAAUGGUGUGUGCAAUUCAACAAAUACAAGCCACUGUCAAGCCUGGGAAGUGGGCUAAAUGUUUACAAAAGACAGUGAUGGACUCUUACCACACAAUGUGUGCCUGUGAACCUGAAGUGUUUGUAAAAUGUGAAAAGAAAGAACAUAUUGCUAUCCUGUUGAAUGAUGAAAUGGAAAAUACUGAAAAUUGCCAAGGUUCUAACUAUAGACGAAGCUAGAGAGGGAAGGAAGGUCGGGGAUUAGCUGCUGAGACAUACUGCACAUACUGUCCCAUGUUGGAAAAUCCAUGGAAAUUGUUCAGAGGACCAUAUUACCUAAUGCCAAGCUAAACAAUGGUGAGACUUGGUGAUCUUAUUGGAAUUGUCUCAUGGAAAACCUAAACUCUCUGUGGGUCCAUUUUAGAAGACCAACCUUGGGUACGUGACCCCUUCAUCAAAGGCCCCUGCACACCUUACAAGCAAAACCCAGUUAUACACAUACACACAUAAAAAUCACCUGGAAUGAUUCUCCUUCAACAAUAUUUUUCCAUAUGUCAUCCUAUUGUUUAUGCCCUUUCCAGUUUGAAAAUACACACUCAGAAAAAAAAGUGUGGGCCAUGUAACAAUAUAGAAAGGAAAAUCUGAGCCUCACGCUCGAAUGGAGCUAUUGCCAAUAUCAGAUGCUUCCGAGGUUCUCCGUCAUAAGCUCAUCCUGCCCAGAGUGCCAUCGUCCUGAACUAUCGCUUUACUGCCUGUGUUUCUCCUUCCAGACAGAACAAGUUAGCAUCAUGCGAUUAUUGAAGUCUCCGUCCUCGUGUUUAAAAUUCCAAAGCUCUGGAGAGAUGGCUCAGUGGUUAAGAGCACUGACUGCUCUUCCAGAGGUCCCGAGUUCAAUUCCCAGCAACCACAUGGUGGCUCACAACCAUCUGUAAUGGGAUUGAUGCCCUCUUCUGGUUGUCUGAAGACAGCAACAAUGUAUUCACAUACAUAAAACCCCAAAGCUGCAGAAAAGUGGCCCGGCAGCACAAUGAACUUUUCCACAUGCUUUACCUGCAUUACUAAUGUUAGUGUUUUGCUAUGCUUUCUUUGUGUCUUUAUCUUCAUAUGUGUAUAUAUGACAUCUAUACCUGUACAUAUGUGUACUUACAUAUUGACUGAAUCAUUUAAAAUAAAUUUGAGG